CGCGACGUGAGGGCCUACGCGCUGUGGCAGCAAGCAGUGCAGCGCGUGCUGGAGGAGGGGGGGAGAGAAGCAGCAGCAGCAGCAGCAGCAGCAGCAGCAACUGGCCAGCUCAACGCCCUCAGCAACAAGAAAAGCAGAAAAAGCGGCAAAGAAUCCAUACUUGAGCCCCCGAAGAAGCUGCUGCGUCACGAGCCGUUUGAUGAGCAGCUGGCGCUGCAGCACUACCACAUGCUGCAGCAGCAGCAGCAGCAGCAGCAACAGCAAGAAGGGUCCUCACCUGUCAAAUCAGAGGACAGCAGCAGCAGCAGCAACAGCAGCAGCAGCAGAAGCGGCCCCGCUGCUGCGUCUGCAGGCGAAGCAGCAGCAGCGGAAACUGGAACAGCAGCAGCAGCAGCAGGAGCAAUAACAGCAACAGCAGCAGCAGCAGCAGCAGCUCGCGGGUUUUCUGAAGCUGCAAAGGAGGAAGAUGAUGAUGCACCGGACCAGCCAAUCUAUGGAUUGGAGCCCUACGACUCUUCUUUGGAAGAAGAAGAAGAAGCAAAACUUCCAGAUGUUUAUCCUUCAGGAAUUCAGCGGCGAAAAGAUGACGCUUCAGUCGACCCUAAGGUAAACCACCACAUGUUUUUGCUGCUGCGAUUUUUGGAUUUGUUCGCUCCCCACAUCGGCUUGGAGGACUGGAGCUUCGAGGCGGUUUAUGACUUGGUGGUUAAGAGAGAAUUGAAUGAAUUUGGAGCUCGCUUUUUUUCGCGACUCACCGCUCUUAUUGGCCGUCGCUAUACUCCAGGAAACAACCUUUCGAAAUGUCUUUGCAAAAUAAUGGAAGACCGCUCGGCAAUGGAUUUCAACUUUUUAUUUCCUCUCGGAAUAAAUCCUUUUUUGGUUCGCGUUUGGGAGGACGUGAAGCCUUACCAGAGGCUGAGGUGUAUUCGGGUGCUGCUGAAUGCGGCCUUGGGGGACUCGACGGCCAUUCAUAAUGUCAUCGACUCUUGGGGCCCGGAGAAGAAGGCGGCCUUUUUGGACGGCUCUUUCUUUAUAUCCAACGAGGGUUUUGUCUUUUGGUUUAUUUCCGAACACCAAAAGCCCCAUGUUUUCAAAAUCUAUAAAGAGGACCAAGCGGAGGGCACCCUGGAGAUUGUUGCGGAAACCCUAGAGCAGUUGGAAGCUCUUGCUGAAGCUGAGGAGGCAAAAGACCCCCCAGAUGAAUUCUUUCCUUCUCUCUUGAGAGAGAAGCACAGCGACCUUCGUGCUGCUGCUGAAGCUGCUGCUGCUGCUGCUGCAGCGCAGCGGGAGCUGGAGCAGCAGCAGCAGCUGCUGCGGCAGCAGCAGCAGCAGCAACAGAAAGGUCAGUAA